AUGGACUCCUCAGACAGCUCCGAGUGUGCUCCUGGUGUGCUGGAUACCCUGCGUCCUGCGUGGGCGGAUUACCCGCCAUUCUCAAGUUCAGACCCCGCUGACGCGUCGGACGCGUCGGACUCGGACACCUCGUCUAUCUUGACGCAUGUCAGCCAUACCUACGGCGACGAAGAUAUGGAUGCGCUCAUCAGAGAGAAACCCAUGGAGAUGCUGGAGAAUUUGCGAGUGCUUAGUGCUCAACGCGUACACCGAGGUCCGAACGAGGAACUUCGCAAAGUGGCCAACACGUUUGCGCGCGUUGCGGAGAAAUGCAUGAAUACAAACUCGGAGGAUGCCACGUUACCGGAAUCGAGGGAGAUGAAGAAGAUGUGGCGCGACAUUGUCAAGCUUGGACUGAUGGACUACCUGGAGGAUGUUGUGAAAGGGGAUACACUAUUCGACGAGAACCCUAUCUGGGUUAACUAUAUACUUAUACUCGUCGACGGUGUACGGCACUGUGUCACCAAGUCCUCCAAUGCCCUCGAUAUCGACCAGUACCUUCGUCUCUUCGGCAAUCUCUGCCAAAACGCCUACAUUCAUCGCAUGAUCUUCGUCGAAGGGAACCACAUCGUCGACCGCUAUGCUCCCGACUACGCUCAGAAACUUCGUCUACGUAUGAACCGCAUUCUCUGUCUCUCCCUCGGCAAACCUCUCGACCUCCUCAAAGGCCGCCGUCUGGCCGAUCUGGAAGACUAUAAGCACCUGCACAGAUUGCUGUUGCAUAAUUGGUAUUACCGUGCGGACGACGAUGGAUGGGAAGUUCAUAUCCAGCUUACGUUUGCUUUCGCCGUACUGGAGUCGCCCAAUGCGGAGUCGACGGUCGAGGAUUACGAAAGCUUCGCCGACGAGAUUAUCUAUGCGCUCGGCGCGCGGCAAUUCUUGGAGAGCUUGAGUAAGAUGGUGAGGGAUAAGGAGGUUCCGCCAUUGAUACUCGGGAGGGAUCUGUUGUUUGUGAAGUAUAUUGUGCCGUGGAAGCCUUUUCAUCCGCAUUAUUGUUCGUCGGGGUUCUUUGAGGCCGUAAGGGAGGCCCUGGAUCGAUAUAUGUGCAUGGGCGCGUCGCUCAAGAAUGAGUGGCAGGUGUAUGAGCCGACUUUGUUAUUGCUCACAGAGAUCAUUCGGAGAGCGCCAGUGGGAGAGGGUGCUGGUCCGCUCAUCAAGCGAUUUGACGUUAUAGAGCUCAUUGCAUGCUCGUCCAUAUGUUAUGCCCAGCUUGCGACCGUGGAAGACACUAACACGGCAUGUGUGGAAGCUAUACAGGUGUUCACGGCUAGUGCACAUACCUUGGCACUCUAUUCGAACAAGAACGUACUCAAGAAGGUGUUCAAGAAGAACCUAAAGGAUGAGUGGUAUGCGACGCUCAAGACGCUCCGGGAUAUGCCCGCGCGCGGACAAGCUGCUUCACGCCGGCGUACUGCUAGAUUGGCGGCGAUGUGGCUUGAACUUGGGCUGGCCGUUGGACUGGAUGAAGAUGAAGAGAGAGAGCUGUAUGAGAAGGAGAUGCGUAAGGCAGCGCAGAAGUGUGCUUGGAAGGAAUGCGAGUAUUACAGGAGGAAGCCGCCAAGGCCUACGAGUCGCUGUGUGGGUUGUGGCGAUGUGAGGUAUUGUAGCCGGGCAUGUCAGAGGAGGCAUUGGAAAGCGGAGCACCAAGCGCAUUGCGGGAACAGGCUGAAGGAUGGGCCCAAGUAG